AUGUCGUUCUAUGAUCAGACGAAGAGCUCACGACCAUGGACGUUAGCGCGAGUUGGUGGGACUGCUGUCAGCCGGCUCAAGAGUGGCAGUUGGUCAAGCAUGGCCUCCUUGAUCUCUGACAAUGGAACCGACGACAGUGGCUCCGUCCGGUCUAUUCCCAUCACUGGAGAGCCCAAGAGCGACGGCAAAGUAGGAGAUAUCGGUGAGCUGCAACGCAAGCUUGAUGACGCCAAUGCUGCAUUGACGUCAAAAGAUGACUCUAUCACCGAGCUUCUGGGUCGGGUGAAGACGCUGGAAGAAUCGCUUGAGUCGGCACGAGCGGAAACCACGCAGCAAAUUGCCUCCCUACAGGCCUCGGAUGAGGCGAAAGCUCGCGCAGAGACGGAUAGUGCAGACCUCCGAGAACGUCUAACAUCCCUGCAAGCAGAGCACUCCAGGGACUUGUUUGACUUAGAGGCGACCCGGAGAGAGCUCGACAAUACCAGAGCCGAAGUCGUGGCUCAGACCAACCUCAUUACUACUUUACAGUCGCGUAUUCACACAGCUGAGGCCGAGAGGGAUGCAGCGCGGGAGGAAGAGCAAGCUGUCCGAACUUCCGCUGGAGAAGAUAUCUCCGCAAAGGAAACGGAGUUGGAAGCCGAGCGCGUUGCACGACUCACCGCUGAGGCCGAGCUCGAGAUGGCUUAUGCGAAGAUAGCCGAUAUCGAGGCAGCACAUUCGCAGACUCACCAGGAGGUACAGAGUAAGACGGCAGACCUUGCGGACCUCUCUUCUCGUCUCGAAUCUCUCUCAGCGAAUCUCGCUGCGAUACACGCAGAGAAAGAGGAUAAGGCAAGCCGAGUCUUUGACCUCGAAGCUCACAUUGCGCAGGCGGAGCAGGAACGGGAGGAGGCCCAACGCGAGCGUAACGAGGCGCUAGACCAGGUUCGGAAUCUCGAUGAGCGUAUUUUGGAGAUGACGGCUGCCAUGCAACGUGCGGCUGAGGAUGCUGAGAAGAGGAAUUGCGAGUUGAAGGCUGCCAAAGAGGAUGCGGAAAAGAGAAAUUGCGAGCUUAAGGCUGCCAAGGAGGCAGCAGGUGCACUAGUUGAGCAGGUACAACACGCUCGCUCAGAGGUUGCUCGGGAAGAGGAGAUGAUUCUAGUCUUGCAAUCACAGGUACAUGAAGGCCAGCAACGCUCUGAAGAAGACGAGGUUGUGGUCGAUCAGCUCAAGACCGAGCUUGCUAGAUCUCGGGCUGCUGAAGCCUCCCUUGUCGAACAACUCAAGACCCUGAGCCGUCGUGGCAGUGAAUUGGAAAGACAAGUUGGACGGCUCAGAGAUACACAAUUUGCUGGAUGCACGCUCCAAUGA